AUGCGACUCUUCCUGGCCAAGAUCCAGCCCUGGCUAACCUCGCCGUCAACGGCCCCGCGCUUUGGCUACCGAAAGACGGCGAAGCUGGCGUCCCACGAGAAAGGCAUCCGGGACCGGGCAGUGAAGAAGCUGCGCCAGUACAUCAGCGUGAAGACGCAGAGGGAGACAGGAGGCUUCAGUCAAGAAGAACUUCUAAAAAUAUGGAAAGGGCUCUUCUAUUGCAUGUGGGUGCAGGACGAACCCCUUCUGCAGGAGGAGCUAGCAAACACGAUUUCCCAGCUCAUCCAUGCUGUUAACAACUCAGAGGCGCAGCACCUCUUCAUUCAGACCUUCUGGCAAACCAUGAACCGAGAGUGGAAGGGGAUCGACAGGCUGCGCCUGGACAAGUACUACAUGCUGAUCCGCCUGGUCCUGAGGGAGUCCUUUGAGGUUCUGAAGCGGAAUGGCUGGGAAGAAAGCCGAAUCAAGCUUUUUCUCGAUGUCUUGAUGAAGGAAGUCCUGCACCCUGAGAGCCAGUCUCCCAAUGGAGUAAAAUUCCACUUCAUUGAUAUUUAUCUGGAUGAACUGUCCAAAGUGGGAGGGAAAGAGCUUUUGGCAGAUCAGAAUCUCAAGUUCAUUGAUCCAUUCUGCAAAAUUGCUGCCAAGACUAAGGACCAUACAUUGGUGCAGACUAUAGCUAGGGGUGUUUUUGAAGUCAUUGUAGAUCAGUCUCCUUUUGUACCUGAAGAGACAACAGAGGAACAGAAAACUACAGUGGGUGACAGUGGCCUCUCUGAAGAAGAGAGAACUGAAAACGAGAUGGUGUGGAGAAAAACAUUCAGUAAAAAGAAGACAGCACUGGGCAAAAAUCACUCCAGAAAAGAUGGAUUCAGUGAUGAAGGUGAGAGAAACAAUGGCGGAAGCAUGGAGGACACUGGGCCACUUCUCCAGUUUGACUAUAAGGCUGUUGCUGACCGACUCCUGGAAAUAACCAACAGGAAGAACAUCCCUCCCUUCAAUAGGAAACGUCUCUCCAGACUGAUCAAGAAAUUCCAAGAUCUCUCUGAAGGCAGUAUAUCUCAACUCAGUUUUGCUGAGGACAUUUCUGCUGACGAAGAUGACCGGACCCUCAGUCAAGGAAGGCAUAAGAAAAAAGGGAAUAAACUUUUAGAGAAAACCGACGUGGAAAAAAGGAAAGGAGCCAGGCUCUUUCUUGCUGGGGAGGAGAGUAAAGGCGGUGGUCACAAGAGGAAAAGGAAGAAGAGGAGCCACCUUCAGCCUGAACAGUUAGGGGCAGGACUCAAAGCCAUGCCUUCGGGACAGAAUGGGGGCAGCCCACCAGAGGCAGGGCCAGGCGUGGAGCUGGCAGCAGGGGUCUCUCCCCGCCCCCAGGGUCAGAGCGGAGCAGAGCUCCCCCCCUCAAGCCCUCCCACACACAGCAGGAGGAAACGGCCCAGGAAGAAGAUUCCAGGGCUCCAGGGACUGCUCUCAGAGUCAGCGGCGUCACCUCUGGACCACCUUUGUCAAGGUGGCCCUGGCACUGGUUGUGCUCUCGUGCCUGUCCCCCAAGCUUCCGCAGCCAACGGGGCCCCAGCCCUGAAGAGGAAGCGGAAAGUCAGAGCUCCCCUGGCCAACGGCAGCCCGCCGGCGCUGGCCUGGCCCCCGCCCCGGGAGGAAGGCCCUGCAGCAAGCGCAGCAGCCAGCGAGGGUGAGGGAUGCCUAGCCACGCUGCCCCAGGGCACGAGACUGAAAAAAAAGAAGGGGGAUCCCAGCCAUCCUGACCCCUACAACCUGUCCACUCAGAAAACUGCCAUCUUCAAAAAGAAGAAAAUGAAAGAGAUGUUGAACUUGACUGAACCUGGCAGAGCAUUGGAAUCGGAACUCAAGCUCGUCCAGGCCCUGGGGAGCCAUGGGGCUUUCAGCCCUUCGAAGAAGAAGAAGCUGAGGACUGAGAAGGACUUUGUGAAGUUUGACAGUCCCUUCCUCCCAAAGCCCCUGUUCUGCAGAAAAACGAAGAGCGGCAUGGCCGCCUCUGUGACCCCUGCUAUGCAGCUCAACAAAACACCGUCCAGCUCCAAGAAGGUCACCUUUGGAUUGAACAGAAACAUGACUGCGGAAUUCAAGAAGACAGACAAGAGCAUCUUAGUCAGUCCCACAGGCCCCUCCCGAGUGGCCUUCAACCCCGAGCAGAGGCCCCUCCACGGAGUGCUGAAGACCCCCACCAGUUCCCCUGCCAGCACCCCACUGGGGACCAAGAAGCCACUGACCACCACCCCAAAGAGAAGGCCAACGGCUAUGGACUUCUUCUAGGAUAGUAGCAGAGCCCCUUUGUAAAGACUGCUUUUGUACAGAAUACUCUAUAAAUUAUAACUUUUAAAAAGUGGGGUGUUUUUUAUUGUUUUAUAAAUUCCCAUAAAUUGUAUAUAUGAGGGUCCGAGUGUGAGCUGUGGCGCCACUGUGGGCAUCUUGGUUGAGGUUUCGAUAAAAUAUGGUUUGUACUGGAGCUCACCAGGAUUCCACAUGUGUGGGUCACUUCAGUGACUCCCCUAGGGUGGGAGCUGAAAGCAUGUUGACCUUCACCACCAGUGGAUUCUGCUGGCACAGUGACACCUGGAGUUGGACUCCAUCAGCUACCCACACGUGCACAGCUGGGGAACUCGGGUCUGCCUGCUGGGCUGACUUUCCGGUGGUUUUUUGUGUAAUAGUCUUUUUUUAAAAAAGCACAGAGGGCUUUGUUCCCGUGCUCUGUGGGUAGGCAGUUUUUGAUCUUGUAAUUGAAUCCGCAAUAGUCAUUUUCCACAUGUGCUCAGCUGGGGAUGAACCUUCAAGUGGGGGCAGGAGAACAGAGCCCAAGGCCUGUGUCCUUCCCUGUGUUCCUACCUCUCAGCCAGCCCAAAGUGUCCUCACCAAGAGAGCAGCACCCCUCGGCUCUCUGUGGACUCCAGCCGGUGCCAAGCACACUCAUCCAUCAUCCCAGUCAUCGUGCUCUGGCGGCUCUUUAUACAUCAGUGUUUGCGCCAGCAGCCACAACGCCUAGUGUCCACAAGAGCCACUUUCCCAUCUUAAAUGAAAAAGUUUUCAGAGGCGAGGCAGCAGUGCCCGGAGAGCCGAACUCCUGCUGGAAGGUAGACAUAAGCAGCUUCCAGAACUGUGUGUGUAUGUUGAUUUGUUCAUAGCUGCUCAUAUCAGAAAUACUGAAUCAUGCACCUACAGAUUUUAUAAAGUCCUCAUUUUAAUUAAUUGCACAGAAUCCAGGGUGGAAGGCACGCAGACUUUAGUUGGAGAAACAAAUGCAACUUGGAGCAGCGAUGCCUGAUCCUUGACCUCAUUUAGGCAAGCAGGUCUGCCCCAGCUGGAGUCGGGUGAUAUGCAGACUCGGAAGUCAGGUGUUCGCCUCAGGAAAGCCCCUGGGCCCAGGCCCUUGAGUUUGCAUGAUAACAAAUUGCAGACCUAAAGGAGGAAUGUAACUUGGGGGGCACAGUUUUGCCUCAGGUGCCCAGUACUUCCCCAGCCCACUCUCCACUCAGGGAUCUCAGGCCUCCUAGAAGUGAAAGCCCCGCCCCCAAGCAGGAGCCACAGGUUCUCACCAAAACCAGGGCCAUUCCCCUUUGCUGCUUCCCAGCUGAGGGCCCUGGCCUGUCAGUGGUUAGGGCCGCAGCUCUCUUAGUCACUUGACCAGGGUGGGGUGCUUCUGCAAACUGUGGCUUCCCUAUGAAGACCCUGCUGAGAAGGAAGGGGACUGUUCUCCUGCUCUAUAACAAAGUGUUGUCACAAUGGGGCCACAGGGAGGUGCUGUUUGCUCCUCCCUGUGAUGAGUCUUGCCUGCAAGACGGCUCUGUUGUGGUUGCGUGGGUUUAGUGCGCUGCGUUUGAUGUUAUACCUGAAAUCACUCAGAACCAAAACCGAUGUGUGAAAAGAUUAGGUUUAAGGAGUCAAAUAUUUUUUAUUUCAUUUUUUUAAAAAUAUCAUUGUCAUUGGUCAAAUUAUUUUUCUAACAAUUUUUAUUUCAGCUUUAAAGAUCGGUCUUAUAGCCAAAUGGACCAUAUAACUCAACCACGUUAGGAUGUCUUAGCAAGACGUUCUAGGGCAAAAACAGCUCAUUUGUUGAGGUGAGUGCAGGACCUUCUCUCUGUAGCUUCUGUAUGUCUCUUCUGGGGCACCAGCGGGUGUCCUGUAAAUGCACCUCCCUCAAUGCCUGCCUGUGAACUUGGGUCCAGAAGUGACAGUGUGUCCUGGAUUCCAUCUGUCCUCUAAAUCUGUCAUAACUUACUCCAUUUUGUGGGUAAGUCCAGUAAGUUUACUGUGGCUUAUUUUUAAUGCCUAAAUUUUGGCUACAAAGGAGGAAAAAAAAAACCCAAUUUUUUAAAAUUCUCAUAACAUAUACAUGCAAGAAUGUGUCAGAUAAAGAAACUAUUUAGAAUACUGGUUUUCUACUUGCUGCAUGCUAUUUUCUAGGUAAAGUUCCCACGGGGAUUUAGCAGUCCAAAAGAAAUAAUUUAAAUCAAUGCUGUGGUCUUACAGUAUUUUGUAAAACAAUCAUCUGUACGAUUUGGUAUCUCGCUUUACAAUGUAUUGUUCUUUCUAACUUUUACUGAACCAAAAGCACAAAGGAGUAUAAAGCAGUUGUUAGCACUGGAAAAAAAUAUGAAAUUGAGUCCACCUUUUGAGUUUUGUGUGUUUUAUCUGAAUUUACCUGACUGCUGAAGAGGACUGUUUGUUUACGACCAGUUUGUAUCAGUGUCUGCAGGGUUUGUCAGUACUCGUCAAAGCCAAGUUCAAUAAAAAAUCUGUCUUUGCUCUCA